AUGGAGAACAGCCUGUUCCAGCUCAAAUUUACAGCCAAGUCGCUAGCACGACAGUCGAAGCGGUGCGAGAAGGAGGAGCAGAAGGAGCGGCUAAAGCUGAAGAAGGCUAUCCAGAAGGGCGACAACGAAAGCGCGCGUAUCUACGCGUCGAACGCGAUCCGCAAGAAGAACGAGAGCCUAAAUCUGAUCAAGCUGUCGUCGCGCAUCGACGCCGUGGCGAGCCGGGUGCAGACGGCGGUGAUGAUGCGGCAAGUGACGGGCUCGAUGGCCAACGUGGUGCGCGGCAUGGACCGGGCAAUGGAGUCAAUGAAUCUCGAGAAAAUCUCGAUGGUCAUGGACAAGUUCGAGUCGCAGUUCGAGGACCUCGAUGUGCAGACCGGGUAUAUGGAGGGGGCGAUGGGCGGAGCGACGACGCUGACUACGCCGCAGGAUGAGGUGGACGGGCUGAUGCAGCAGGUUGCGGAUGAGGCGGGCUUGGAGCUCAAGCAGGAGCUGGGCAACAUGGUGACCCCGCAGGCGCUGCCCGAGGACUCGGAGCUGACGGAGCGGCUGGCGAAGCUGCGCAAUGCGUCAUAG